AUGGUUAAGUAUUCAAGACAACCAGCAGAGCCAACUAAAUCUGCCAAGACUAGAGCUGAUGAUGUGAGAGUGCAUUUCAAGAACACUUACGAGACAGCCAGAGUUGUGAAAGGAAUGAAGAUCAAGAAGGCCAUUAGAUACAUGGAGGAUGUACUCGAGCACAAGCAAUGCGUCCCCUUCAGAAGACACACCGGACACGGUGGCAGAGCCACUCAAGCCAAGAUCCACGGAGUCACCCUUGGAAGAUGGCCAGAGAAAUCAGUCAAGUACGUGCACGCCCUCCUCAAGAACGCCCUCUCCAACGCUGAGGCUAAGGGACUUGACUCUGAGAAAUGUCACGUCAGUCACGUCGCUGUUAACAGAGCUGUUCAAGGCAGAAGAAGAACCUUCAGAGCUCACGGUAGAAUCGGCCCAUACCUUUCUUCAAACUGUCACAUUGAAUUCAUCAUCACUGAAAAGGCUGAAAACGUAAAGAAAGCUGCUGAUGACUAGAGCAAGCUCAGACUCACCAAGAAACAAGCCGCUAGAACAAGACUCGCCAUUGGAAAAUGA